AUGAACCAUGAAACCACAACCCUGAUAUCCUUGAAGGAAGCAAUGAAAAGAGUAGACCUCAAGCUCCAAGCUCUAGACACACAGUUCAAAGAACUAGACAUCACCAAGGAUAAUCUGACACGUCGAUUUGAACACCAUAGCAAGACUUUGUCAAGCCAAGCAGCCCAAGACGAGAUGUGGGCAGCAGCUCUGGCCCUUGGGUUUACCUCAAUGGAACUGAAUAUUUUAUACAGCUAUGUCAUCGAGGUCCUUAUUUGCUUGCACACUCGAGUGCUUCAGAAGCUUCCAGACCUGGUGAGAAGUCUCCCGACCUUAGCCUCAGUCCUUAGAAGAAAAGCCAAGAACAAGCACAUUGGAAUUGUGUGGGAGUCUGUCCUGGAAGAGUAUGGGCUGCAAGAGAGAGAUGUCACAGCGCUCUGCACUUUCUUUGUUGUCCAUGGCAACAAAGGAGAGCACUAUGCCUCGAGCGUAAGGCGGAUGUACAUCAAAGAUGUUUCCUUCAUGAUCACCAACAUGGUAAAGAACCAGGCUCUACAGGAUGGUUUGCUUAGAGCAGUUCAGAUCAUCGAGAAGGGGAAAGCAGCACAGACCCCUGAAAACUCAAGGGCACCCCUCAAAGAGUUGAUGCCCCCAGUUAAAGACUAA